AUGAGCAGUAAAUUGAAGAUAUUAGUGCCAGUAAAACGUGUCCUGGACCACCAGAUCAAGCCACUAGUGAACGCUGCCCAUGAUGGUGUUCAGACUCAAGGUUGCAAGUUCAGCAUUAAUCCGUUCGACGAUAUCGCCAUCGAAGAGGCCCUGAGGAUCAAGACCAACCGCUCCAAGGACGUAGAUUCCACCCACGCCAUAUCCAUCGGCGUUGACAAGUGUCAGGAUAUCCUAAGAAAUUGUCUCGCUAAGGGAAUCGACUCUGUCUCUUUGGUAGAGACCUCCGAACCCUUGGAACCCUUGGCAGUUGCUAAACUGUUGGCUCAUGAGGUGAAAGAGAAGAAAUACAACGUGGUAUUGAUGGGGAAACAAGCUAUAGAUGACGAUAGUAACAAUACGGGCCAAAUGCUAGCUGCUUUGUUGAAUUGGCCUCAAGCGACAAAUGCUUGUAAAGUGGAGUUUAAUGACUCCGUAACUUCAUGUAAAGUGACACGUGAAAUUGAUGGUGGAGAAGAGACUGUUGAGGCAUCGUUGCCUCUAGUGAUCACUACCGACUUGAGAUUAAACCAACCUCGUUACGUGGGUUUGUCCAAGUUGAUGAAAGUGAAAAGAGUCAAGAUCCCUAAAUUGUCUCUUUCCGAACAUUUCCCAGAUGUCGACAUUAAGAGUAAACUCACUACUUUAUCUAUAAAUGAACCACAGAGUAAACCUCCAGGUAUCAUGCUGAAAAACGUAGAUGAAUUAGUAUCCAAAUUGAAAGAUGCUAAACUUAUUUAA